UCAAGUAAGAGCUGAAGCGUACAAGCACACACGGUGUAGUAUACACACACAAGUACACAGUAAAGCUGGCAAGAUAUGAAAUAAGUUAUAUUGGAAGUAACGUUCGACGUUUCACAACUAUGGAAUCUGAAGUGAUCAUUUGGAUUUUGUUACUUGGAGUUUUUAACUUUUCACUGGCUAUGGACCAGGGGAACACACCGCUGAAAGUGUGUUCUGGUACAAAUGAAGGAAUGUCCACAGCCGGGUCAGAAUCUUUUCGUUACCAUAAUCUCAAAAAACAUUACACAAACUGUACAUAUAUUGAUGGUAAUCUGGAAAUCCAGGAGAUCGGAUCCGAUCGUGACUUAAGUUUUCUGGAAACCAUUGUAGAAGUGCGUGGAUAUGUACUUGUUUAUGCUGUGUUUACACCGACAUUACCACUCAAGCGACUUCGAAUAAUUCGAGGAAGUGAACUUUUUACCUACAAUAAUGGAAGUUAUAGCCUAUUUGUUGUGUUAAAUGGUAUUGUUUCUAAUACAACGACAGUUGGUAUGAAGGAGCUGGGAUUACGAUCUCUCCAAGAAAUCAGCAAUGGCCAGGUAUAUUUUUUCAAUAACGCUUUGCUGUGUUUUCACAAGACAAUACAUUGGAAAGAUAUUAACCCAGACGUCAACCCGCACGUCAAAUAUGUGUACGACGCAGCAUACAAACGACAAUGUCCGGAAUGCCAUCCGUCCUGCUACAAUAAUCGAACUGGAGAACGCCACUGUUGGGGGGAGGGUAGAGACAUGUGCCAACAACUGAACCAUGCGACAGUGUGUUCACCUAGCUGUGAUGGUCGGUGCUUUGGCUACCAACAAAACCAGUGUUGUCACCCGGAAUGUUCCGCGGGAUGUUCGGGGCCUAGGAAAACGGACUGUAUGGCUUGUAAACACUUCAUGAACGAAGGAGAGUGUGUGGAGAAUUGUCCCCUCGUCAUGUUCUACAACAUCUUCACCCUGAAGGCAGAGAUCAACCCCAAGGGCAAAUUUAAAUACGGAUCCCUCUGUGUUAAAAAGUGCCCCGACCAUUUUCUACGGGACAAGUACAUCUCUGCUUGUGUGAAGGUUUGUGGGGUAAACAAACAUGCUGUAGACGGAGAAUGCAUCCCGUGUGAUGGGCCGUGUGCAAAACAAUGUAAGGGAUUAAACAAGACGGAAUUCUUGACGUCUGUGAACAUUAAACGCCUCAGUAAUUGUACUCUGAUAGAGGGCAAUCUUAAAAUUGUGGAGACCACUUUUAAUGGAGAUGAAUACAGAAAUAUUUCUGGAUUGGAUCCUGAAGAUCUGUAUGUAUUCAACACGGUAAGGGAGAUCACUGGGUUUGUCAUAAUCCAGUCAAACCAUUCCGGCUUCAAGAACUUGUCGUUCCUAUCAAACCUGGAGGUCAUAAGAGGCCGAGAACUGGAUGGGAGGAGUAAUGCCCUCAACAUCAUGGCCACACCUCUCGAGUCACUAGAACUUAACUCCCUUAGAUUGAUAUCUUUUGGCAAGGUACUGAUCUGGUUCAAUAAGCGUUUGUGCUAUGCCAACACAGUGAACUUCACCAAGUUGUUUGUGGCCUCCUCUCAGACUGCCUUUAUCGGAAAUAAUCGUGACAUCAGCCAGUGUGAGAUUGAGGGUCAUGUAUGUGACCCGGAAUGUUCGAUAGACGGCUGCUGGGGCAUGGGUCCCAAUAAGUGUCUAUCCUGUAGACAUAUGAAGGUGAACGACAGCUCCAACCUGUGUCUUAAAACCUGUGAUGCCAGCCCUCUACUGUACCAGGAUACUCCUAGCGGGUGUAAACCCUGCCACAAAGAAUGUGCCAACAACUGUACUGGUCCUAAAGCCAGUCAAUGUGAUUCCUGUAAACACAUCAUCGUCGUUGACAGCAACAAUAGUAUGCAGGUUUGUCACGAGACAUGCCCAAAGAAAUUCUACGCUGACGAGGACAAGAUCUGUCGACCAUGCUACGAACACUGCAGCAACGGAUGUACUGGACCCUCGAGUGAGCUGAAGAUCGGAGGUUGCAAGUCGUGUAACAUUGCAGAAGAAAUACGAGACGGUGGAGGGGAGAUACGCCUCUUCUGUAUAGCAGAUGACGGAUCAGAUUGUCGUAAGGAUUUCUACAAAACCACGGUAACGGCAAAGGACCCUGGCCCUAUGGCAGGCGGACAGUUGUGUAAGCCCUGUCAUCCCUUAUGUGACGGAUGUGUCGGUCAUGGACCCGCCCAAUGUAAGAGCUGUCUCCACUAUAAAGAGGAUGACUAUUGCGUGGCGUCCUGUCACAGCUUCAACUACGGCAACAAAUUGACGAAGCGAUGUGAACCAUGCCAUGCAGAAUGUCAGAAAGGUUGUUCUGAUCCCACAGCUUCUGACUGCUUCUCGUGCAAAACCUACAAAAUCUACACCGACGAGGCCAAUAGCAUGAGAUUUAACUGUACAUCUGAGUGUCCAACUGACAUGCCCCAUCUGGUCAAGGACGAACAUGACACGAAGAACGGGAUGACUGUUUGUGCACGAGAUGACCACCCUAUGGUUAUGGCUAGAAUGGCCGCAGAUGCCGAGGAAGAAAAGAAGAAGAUAGCCGUGAUUGCAGGACCAGUAAUUGGAGGAAUCAUCCUUGUGGCUAUUCUCCUUGCCCUGUUUGGUUACUAUUGGCGACAGCAAGCACGCUCAAAGGAGAAAACAGCUAUGCUGACUGCCAAGAUGACUGGCUAUGAUGAUGAGCAACCUGUGACACCAACCAGUGCGAAACCUGACAUGUCUCAUCUACGCCUUAUUAAAGAAUCAGACAUGCGUAAGGGAGGGAUCAUUGGCUCUGGAGCAUUUGGAACAGUGUACAAGGGAUUCUGGAUCCCGGCCAAGGACAACGUUAAGAUCCCAGUGGCCAUCAAGGUCCUCCAGGAGGGAACAUCGGCCAAUCAGAACCAGGAACUCCUCGACGAGGCUCGUGUGAUGGCCUCUGUUGACCAUCCCUGCUGUAUCCGGAUCCUCGCUGCCUGUAUGACAGCUCAGAUGAUGCUGAUCACCCAGCUCAUGCCUCUCGGUUGUUUACUUGACUACGUCCGCAAACACAAGGAAAACAUAGGCUCAAAGGUCCUUCUCAAUUGGUGUACACAGAUUGCAAAGGGAAUGGCCUACUUGGAGGAGAGAGAUGUAGUUCACAGGGACUUGGCCGCCAGAAAUGUAUUAGUACAAAGUCCUGGCCAGGUUAAGAUAACAGAUUUUGGUUUGGCCAAACUCCUGGAUUAUAACGAGGACGAGUACCACGCAGCAGGAGGAAAGAUGCCCAUCAAAUGGCUGGCUCUUGAGUGCAUCCAGCAUAGAAUAUUUACUCACAAGAGUGACGUCUGGAGCUACGGUGUUACGGUGUGGGAACUAUUUACAUACGGACAGCGACCGUAUGAGAAUGUCCGUGCACGUGAUGUACCGGAUCUGCUAGAGAAGGGGGAACGACUCCCACAGCCACAUAUCUGUACCAUUGACGUCUACAUGAUCAUGAUCAAAUGUUGGAUGUUAGAUGCAGAUAGUCGUCCUUCAUUUAUAGAGCUGGCAGAAGAGUUCGCAAAGAUGGCGCGUGACCCAGGAAGAUAUCUUGUUAUUGUUGGUGACGUAUUGAAGAAAAUCCCUGAAGAAACUCCCUCACCCGUCACAGACCUAGCCGAAUAUUUUCCCGACGGUACCCAAAAUGACCCUGAGACUCAGGCAGAGCAUGACAAAUUGAUGCGAUUGCCAAGCCACUCUUACGACAAAAACGAUCUUGCUCGUAGCCUCAGUGUGGCAGGAGAUUGCCCAGAAGAAGUUGUGGAAGCAGAUGACUAUUUACAGCCGCAGUCUCGUAAUUCAGUGCCUCCGACAACACCACUCACAUCAAAGACACCAUUACUGCACCCUCAGGAUGCUGCCACAAAUUUUGAUACCAAGGAUCGAGACCCUCACCAGCAGCCGCGACGAGAGAAAAGAUACGGACAUCUCGAGUCCGCAGCUGCUGCUCGUAAAAAGCGAGAGUUAUCCCCAACUAGAGGAAGGGGCAAUAGCAUUAAUUCUCGCUACAGUUCAGAUCCCGUCCAGUUUUUAAGAGGAGGAGAAGAGACAGAUGCUGUGAUUUUGUCUCCGAGUCGGAAAAGUCCCGUCAGGAACGGCUCCAUGGGUUACCCAGACCCGACCCAACUAAUAGAGUCCGGUAAAAUCCAGCUCCCAGUGGACGAGGACGACUACUUACAACCAAAGUCAUCAAAACCCAGAGUGUACACUGAUCUGAUAGAGAACCCUGAUUACAUGAAUGACAACAGUGUUUUUGAGAACGAUCCACCUUCAGAACCGGAACCCGUCCUCAAUUUUGAGAAUCCAGAAUAUUUUGAAGAUAUCAAUAGUCCAAAAAUUAAUGGUAAAAAACCUCCAGGCUUUAAAAAUAACCGGAGUAGAGACUAUUACAAUGAAUUGGGUGGACAGAACAAUGAGCACGGGGAACUGAAACCGUUAAUGAUAUCGGACAGCUGUCCUUCUGAAUCGGCUGUGUAGUCAUGGACCGAGAAUGAUGACAUCUUGUCGUCAUAGCUCCUAAUACUGCCAAAGUUCUGUGUAGAUUUGUAACACUUGGUUGUGUAAGUGCAGAUGUACCGAGAAGAAAAAUCAGUACAGAUGUACUAAGCAGAAACUUGACUGCAUCAUCAACUAUAACGUGUCAAAAUAGACAAAAUCUCAAUGAAAAUAUGUGAGUGAUUCUAAUUGGUCCAUGGAACAAACAGGAGAAGAGGAAAUGUGGAUAAGUUAAUGUGAUUGGUCCUUUGUGACCUCAGGUGACCCCUAGUGACCUUUGGAAAAGGCCAUAUCUUGAAGAUAUGGACACAAGAUUCUCCGAUCUGAUAUGGUCAUGAAAGGGUCUAUUUUAAGAGUUUCUAAACCUUCAUAAAUUCGCAAGAUGUGAUAGAUUUACAUGUGGGAAUAUUGUCCAUGAUUGUAUGGUCACAUGAUUGGAUGGUCACAUGAUUGGAUGAGAAAUAUCACAUGACUGUAGUUGAUGGAUAUCUUUGAUUGUAUGGGGUGAAAAAUCUCAUAGAAAAGUGCCAUCUUUUCAAAGUAUAUUUUCUUUUGAAAGUGACAGACAACACCUUUGUAAGAUGACCUUGACCUAUUACAAUAAUGUUGUAAAGGUUAUGAUGUGUGCUUCAAUGUGGACCAACAACAACACAAUGGUGUGUCAUCACAUCUGUUGCUAAAGAAACCAAAGUGAAUGGGAAUGAAAUUUGAGUCAUACUCAACUUUGAUUGGUUGUUAACAAGAAAUUGCCAUAAUACUUACACUAUCAGAGUGGCCUGUUUACUAUGCUGUCAAACGUUGUAUUUAAAUGUGACGAAAGGGCUGUUGUUAUAUUAUGUUAUCACUGUAUUUUAGUGUUAUCUAAAUUAAACUGAAAAUGUUUGAACACGUGGGAUAUGCUAAAUGUAUUUUACAAAAUAUUUCCCGAUUUUCCCCCUCAAAUGAAUAGGGAUCUGUCUUGGUUCGGUGAAGUCUUCAAUUGAAAACAACAAAAAAAUCUGUUUUAUUUUUACAUGAAAUAACUGAAAUUUCUGACAAUCACAGGUACUAGCCUCGUCUGUCAAUACACAUGUAAGAUUUUAUUAUAGGUGUAUUGACAGACGAGGCUAGUACCAGUGUUUCAAUCACUGUCUGUAUAAUUAUGUGAGUUACAAAAAGAUCGGGUUCUUGCGAGAGUUUGAAAAACCCAACUGUUCUUGCUCUUUAAUCCUUGUUAUCCCCAUGGAGCAAACAAGAGUUAUGUUCCUUUGAAAGAAAAAGCUUACCUCUCCUUGAGGAAGAAGUACUCAAGGAGCAACCAAUAUUUGACGUAAAUCUAUGUAUCUAUGCAAUCUUUGAUCUUGAUCUUUGUCAAUAUCAGAUGUUUUGUAGCUGUAAUUGAAAUGUGUACCGAUAAAAACACUGUAUAACUUACACAAAUAUUACACGCGCCAUGUUGAUGUCUUAAUCUACAUGAUACUUGCUAUUAAUGGACAUUUUAGUAGCUUACCGAAUAUUCUGAGUGAACAAAGAAAUGUUUGUCAGGAAAUUAAAUGUGUAUAUUUUAAGAAUGUUCACCCCACCUAUCAAACAAAAACAAAAAUAAACAAACUAAAAUAAGCUCAUCGUAUUUCCUUUUGGGAAGGAAUAAGGGUAAAAUAAUAGACCCACCAGUAUUUGUAGCUCGUACUUACUACCUGAUGAUAAAAUCCGUCCUCCGAAACAUAUUAUCAUCAGUUUGAAACUUAAUUCAUGGCACAAGCUUCAUCUGAGAGAAGACUAUUAAGGGAGAAUUUCACGUUGAAAUUGAAAACGCUGAGCUUUUACUGAGAAUUUGGCUCUGAAAAUAUUUCAGUUAAAUUGGCUCUGAUGUUUUUCACUGUGAAAUUAACACGGAGCUUUCAUUGUGGAAUUGGUUCUGCUAUCUUUCCGUUUUCAUCGCGUGCCUUCUAUUAGGUUUCAAUUUCGAUGUUUAUAUUGGUUAUUUUAUGCCUUUUUCAAGUAUAUUAAAAAAUGAUAUUUCUGGUCACAAUAAUUAAAAAUUAUACUAGAAACUGAAUUUUAAACAACUUUUAUUAAUCAGUAUUUCCCAGAUUUAGUUCUUGCUGAAAUUAAGAAAUUUUGACUGCUUAUUUGUACUUCAAGUUUUAUCAAAUGAAAAUUUUAAAGCCAAAGAAUUUUAGAAACUUUUAAGAUGAGUUUUCAUGGUUCUGGCGUUUUAUACGAAAAAGGAAAAACACAUAAAUGGAUAAAUGAUUUAAGCAUGGAUAUAUUUGGCUGACAUUGCAUUAAGGUAACGCAAUAUUUUGUUAUAACUAUGUUAAUGAUCAUCACAAAGAAAGUAAUCCCACCAUUUCAUUAUUCGUUAUGCAUAUAACCUUAUCGAUAUGCAGAGAAAACAAACUUUGUGACUUCAGAUUUGUAAAAUAAAAGAAUUAGAUUUAUGGUGAAAAUAAAAAAAGGUUAUUUGGGAUGUUUUAAGCCUUGUUCCAGGACUCACAAAGUUCGGCUCUUCACCUGAAGUACAUUCUAGUAGCAUUGGACGCACAAGAAAUCUGAACCAAAAUCAUAUUUCUCAGGUAUAGCUAUUGUUUACGGAGUUGUUAAAGUUGACCCAGCCCGAGUUACACAGUCAUUGACGAGUUGUUGAAGCUGAUUUUCGGAGUAACUCUGUAGGGACAGAAUUUGUCAAUAUGUUGUGAGAAAGAUAUCGAGCAUGAUAAUACAAUUACAGAAAUAUUGGAAACAGUGGUUCAAAGUCUGGAUGAUAUUUUGGUAAUUGAUAUAUUGACAAAUAACUGUCCUCUAAAUUAGUAUAAAUGUAUAUGGUAACAAGCUAUUGAUGAGCGUAUAACCACUGUGUAGUAAUCCUUCCUGGAUUAUACACGUACUAAUGUCAUUAAUGAUUAACUGUAUUGUUAUGAUGGGCUAAAAAGUGUCUCACACUUUGAAUGCCCUGUAAAAAAAAAACUAGAAUAUAAUAUUAUAGAACUAGCCUAGACCACAGAUUAUGCAUGACUUAAUAUAACAAUUAAUAUAAUUACGUUUUUGUAUAUUGUUUCAUUACUGCACUAUGUACAACACUUGUAUAGAACGGUAGUGUAAGAUAUUGUUUAUGUGUAUGUAUAUUAUAGUAUUUGUUAAACCGUUGUUGUUUUUGUCAUUAUUAUUAUAUAAUAAAUUAUGCAUGUGAUAGAAAUAUUACGAUACAAAAGACAAAAUGUAUCAAAUAAACAUGUAUUACUAUGUUUUCAGCUGUACUAUUUUGUAUUUCACCUUUGGCACCUGCAGGUAAUGAAGGUCGAGGUCAUUCAUGGAAUCAAUCUGGUUUGACCUUGUAGAGGAUAUAUUUUGUCAUGAUUUUUGUUGAAAUUGACAUAAUAUCUUUAGUAUGAUUUUAUUAUUACCGUUAUAAUUUCCAUUCAUAUAAUCAUGUCUUCCAUGUAUAUCAUGAUUAAGUCAUGUGACAGCAAGGUCGUGUGUAUUGUAUGGAAAAAUAUACCUUUUGUUGUUGAUAAAAACUUAAGUUUUUCGAGUAACAAGCUCAUUGACCUCCUUUGAGAUUAUAUAAUUUUUAAAUCAAAUAAUAGAUUACUAGUUUGAUAUUAGGUAAUAAACCAUUUAACAUCUUCUAAUUAUUUGACUAUUAUUAUUUGCAAAUUAUUUCUUAACUCUUGUAAACACGGUAAAACUUGCUGGAUUGAUGAAAAGUAGAAAUGAAAGUUGAAUAUCGUUUAUUUCUCAAUUUUAAACCAAUUUCUUACUACCCCUCUUCCAUUUCUCAAAUACUUCACAACUGCAGCCAAAUUGUCAAAAAUGUAUAUUAUUCCAGUAUUUAUUUCAAUUUCGAAUAAUGAAAGUUAUUUGAAUACUUCGUAACUUAGGGAUUUGUUUAACUGGACCAGAUGAUAUAUUCAAUUGGACCAAACUGAAAUGAAUUUUGAUAAUGACCCAUGCAACAAAGCUUUUACAUAUUAUUCCAUUAAAUUUGGCUUCAAUCACAACUAAAAAUGAUAUGGUCACGUCCUGCUUGGCAAUACGGCAAAAUGAACAUAACUGUAACGUUAAAAAAUAAUUUGAUCUUUUUCUUUCUAAAAUCUAUUGGGUUUCUAAUGAACCUACGAGUAGUCUUUAAGUUAAGUUUUGAGGUCCUACCAAGGUAUAUUGAAAGAUAAAAUUAAUAGGGUUACACUUCACAUUAAACGUAAUAGUCAAAUGAAACUGGUGGAAUCUUGCUUAAAGGAAAGUACUGUCCGUAAAAUAUGUGACAUUGUGUCUAAAAACUAACGGACAAUCACGAUGAUUCCUGUCUAGAAACCCUAUUUCAAAAAGCUAGUGUAAAUUCACCAAAGAGAUUGCUGGUUGAAUCAAGAAUGUCUCAUAAUGUUUGAAAUCCAAACUGUGCUGUUACUUGCUUCAAAAGAGUUUUAUAUUUAUUUCAAUGUGCUUAUUUUAUUGUCUGUAUUGAAAAGCAGAUUGGUAUAAUUUUUUUGAUCUAGUUGAUCAUGAUUAAGUGUAAUUAUCUGCAUUGUAAAAUGGAUAUUUACAAUCAAAAUGAUUUAACAACCAAAAAUACUUUUCCAUGUGAUCAUGAUUGUGGACAGCUAUUUUUGUUUUGAUUUGGAAAGUGUUGAUGAACACAGUUAUAUUUGUACAAUUUAUGAUGCAAAAAAGUUCAGCGUCAAUAUGUGAGUUUAAUUGCUAUAGUAAAUGACUUUAUUUUAUAUGUAAGUGAAAAUAACCAAGAAAAGACAAAAGUGUGAUCUAUUCAAUUAAAAUCUUCACUAUUAAUUUGAUUGUAAAUGAAACGAUCAGUCAAAACUGUGUCUGUUUAUAAUUCUACCAUAGCAAAUGUACUUAAAAGGAUCUAAAAUCAAAAAUCUAAAAUCUAAAGUGGGUGUUUGGUGGUGUUUCCUUUGAAAUACCUUUUCGUGACAUUGGAAAACAGCAUAUCAACGUUUUAAGAAUCAUGUAUUAUUUCUCAUUGAAGACAGACAUCAUAUUAUUUAGUAUCACUGUUGAGUUAAGAGUUUGACACCCCUUUAUAGGUGUUGAUGCCUCCGUCUGUACUGUAACCUCAGUGCCAUUCGACUGUUAACACCAUUUACUCUAGUCAGAUAUUUGCUCAGUUUCUCGUAAUUGUAGGCGAUUGGUUCGUGUUCUAAGUUGGGUCAAACUGUGUAAGAUAAUGACCAAGUUAUGGAAACUUCCACUGUCUUAAUUUUCUUAUGAAGUUUAUUCCAAAACAUGGAAUAUAUUAAAGUAGUUCACAAUGUUAAUUUUGAAAGUUGAAAGUCGUAAACACCAAAUAUCAAAACGGAAGAAAAACGGUGUUUUAAUUGUGCUAUUAAUACAAAAUAUUGGAUAUGUAAGAAUUACUUAUUUCUAUGUUGUAAUUGUCAAUGUUAUCAUCAAAGGUAUUAAAAUAUUUCACAUGAUAUAUAGGAAAUAUUGACAUGAUUUAGGAGCUCAUAUAAAUACAAGAUCAACAAGUUUAAUCAACCAGGCUGGAACAUAGUGGCCAUUCCCUACUUUUAUAUCACCUGAUAGUUAUAUCACUAAAUAAUUGCUUUACUUGCAGUUAAAUCUGUCAAACACAUUGAAUUAGACGAUGAAGGAUAUGUUUACUUCAGGUUGUUUGUUCCCUUUAACAAAAAGUGCCUUAUAUACCAAAUCUUUAUCUUUUGUAUCUCCCUUCACUGGAGAGUCUUGUUGAUGAGACUUCAAAUCCAGUUCCAUGUAUUGUUGAUCCCUCUGAAGAUUUCUUAAUUUUCUCAUUUUAAAACCCAAUGGUUUAUCCGUUAUAUGGCGUAAUCACUAGGCUAUUUUAUAAAUAUCCUGAUCAUUAAAUAAAAAACUGCAACCAAAACUUUAUGAAAGGAAAAUAAUGUUUUAUUAAAAUAAAAUUGAAAAAACGAGUCUUUAAUUAUUUGGUAAAUAUUCAUUAUGACCAAUAUUAGCACUAGGAUAUCACGAUAAUCUGAUAUUUAACGAUGGUUCUUAGGACCAGUGGUUAUAUUUUCGACGAUAAUAAGGUUAAACUGAAGCCAUGCUUAUCAUCUCUUCCUACUUCAAAUCAGAAUUCCUACUUCAAAUCAGAACAUCUACCGGCCUAUAUUCUCUUGGGAGCCAUUCAUUAUUUAUCUGUCGGGGAGCAGUCAAUAUUUAGUAAUGCAAUAUUUUAAAUUGACGGUUCCACCUCCAUCCAAUCCAGCCCUGUCGUUAUUUGUCAGACAAACAUCUCGUGUUUGAUAUGUUUGUGUUUUAAUAAGGUCAUUGUUUUAGUUACUGAAACGAUAUAUUGUAUUUUUCAUUUUAAUACAAAUUAAGAAUGUUUGUCAUGGUUAAGAUAACAAUCCUAACCCUCCUCAUUAUCAUCGUGAUCAUCAUCAUCUCUCUCAUUGUGAUUAUUAUGAUUGUUUUAAUGUGUACUAAUGCACACAUCAUAAUGUGUAUGACGUUUCAGUGAGCUUGCAUGCUUUACAUAAAGACCUGUAUUCUAGACAAUAAAAGCUUAUGUUUUGUCUGUCAUACGAGAUGUAUGAUAUUUUUAAGAUAAUUAUAAUAAAUUGUUUUAGCAGAAAAACCA